UCUCUCUCUCCCGGACUCGGAGAUCUCUUCUCUCUUCUUCUCCCGGCGCGCGCUUCAUCCUCAUCAUCUUUGAUUCGGUUUUGUAGAGGUCCUCCUCGGAAUUGGAUUUGCUUAAGAAGUAUUUAUUAUCAUCGAGGGAAGCUGCUAGGAUGGGUGUGAAGCAGGCUCUAAGGAGCAUCGAUGCGUUUCCAAGAGCAGAGGAUCAUUUGUUGCAGAAGACGCAAUCUGGUGCAGUUGUAUCAAUUGUUGGACUUCUUAUAAUGGCCACUUUGUUCUUACACGAGCUGAGUUAUUAUCUUAACACACUUACAGUGCACCAGAUGUCAGUGGAUCUAAAGCGUGGAGAAACUCUACCAAUACAUGUAAAUAUGACGUUUCCAUCUUUGCCUUGUGAUGUAUUGAGCGUGGAUGCUAUCGACAUGUCAGGGAAGCAUGAAGUGGAUCUUGAUACAAACAUUUGGAAGCUCCGUCUCAACAGUCAUGGACAUAUCAUUGGCACAGAAUAUUUAUCUGAUCUUGUUGAAAAGGGGCAUGAGCAUGGUCACGGUCACUCGUCUCACAAGCAUGAUGGCAAAGAAGAACACAAGAAUGAGACCGAAAUCGAAACAUUGAGUUCUCUAGGCUUUGAUCAAGCUGCUGAGACUAUGAUUAAAAAGGUGAAGCAAGCAUUGUCAGAUGGAGAAGGAUGUCGGGUCUAUGGUGUCUUGGAUGUACAACGGGUUGCUGGAAACUUCCAUAUUUCAGUGCACGGGCUGAACAUCUAUGUUGCUCAGAUGAUAUUUGGUGGUUCCAAAAACGUAAACGUGAGCCAUAUGAUUCAUGAUCUAUCCUUUGGGCCGAAAUACCCGGGAAUUCACAACCCACUUGAUGACACAAACCGAAUGCUGCAUGACACCAGUGGAACAUUCAAAUACUAUAUUAAGAUUGUACCCACGGAAUAUAAAUAUCUUUCGAAAGACGUACUGUCAACAAAUCAGUACUCUGUAACUGAAUAUUACACGCCGAUGACUGAAUUUGACCGGACAUGGCCAGCUGUCUACUUCUUAUAUGAUCUUUCACCAAUCACUGUGACAAUCAAGGAAGAACGCCGUAGUUUCCUCCACUUAAUCACUCGGCUUUGCGCUGUUUUAGGCGGUACCUUUGCUUUAACAGGAAUGUUAGAUCGUUGGAUGUUCCGUUUUAUUGAAUCUUUUAACAAGAAUCCGAGUACUAGAAGCAUACACUAGCGAAACAGAAGAGUCAACAAAAACAAUGAGAAGCGGAACAAAAAACAAGGAAGGAAGAAGAAUAUAUCUGGCCUUCUGAGACAACUCACCAGAGGUUCUAGGAUUUGAUGAUACGUUUACUAAGAAACUCUAGAAUCCAUGGAUAUAGUUUUUUUUUUUUGCAUAUUCACUCUCUUAUGUAUUAUUACUACUCUGGUUUUUAACUAGUUGAGUUAUUUUGUAAUUUUUAUUCACUUUGGCUUCAUGAGAUUUUAACAUUUUUGCAUCCU